UCCAUCCGACUUUUUAAUUCACAAAUUGCAUUCCUCACACUGCAUACUACAUACCCCAUUGUACCUCAUCACUUAUACAUAACUUUUUUUGCAUCCAUAACUUUGCAUGUCCAUGAACCAUGAAACCGACCCUACUGCUACUUCCAUAUCUACAACGGACCCUGCAAACAAUAAUGACAACAAUGUUGACACAGAGGCGGACCAGCCCCCUUCACUCAAUAUUGUUAACACUACAAGUCCACAUUCCAUCUCACUACAGCAACAGCAGCAGCAGCACUGCAGUCUGAAAGAUCCUCUUUAUUCUUCUUCAGGGUCAUAUGCUGUAACCAGCACACCUCUUCCUCGUCAGAGCAGACUCUUUCUUCAAGCACCAGGACAAUAUUCACAACUAUCUAGCCUGAACCACCACAGUAGCAACAGCGAUAAUAGCAGGAGCAAUAAUAACCCAGAGCUUUUACCUGGUCCUAUAGCACCCUCCUCGCCGCCUCACCUUAAUUUAUUAGAUAACUCUGGUCAACAGCAUCAUCACCAGCAUCAUGUCGUCUUCUCAAAUAUCAGCCCAAACCAUAGCCAGGAAUCCUUCAAUGAUGCUGAAAGAUUGAGCGAGAACGAAGGACUCCUUCCUAGGCGGAGACGCUCUUCAUUCAAGAUUGACGAUAAUCCAUCAGCGACACUCAAACUAAGAUCACGUUCAGUAGCAUCCCGAAGCUCAACUUCCUCGAUGCGAGAUCGCGUCGUACAUUUCCCUGAAUCGCCAAACAUAUCGCUUGUGGGUUCCAGACGAUCGUCUAUGAUCCAGAACCGGUCUUCCAUAGCAGGCCCAUCAGGAGGGAGCAGUGGUGCAGGAAGUGGAGGAGAACAUUCUUCAGGUGGAUGGAUAAGCGGUAUAUCCGAAGUCAUGGCGAGCGUCUCAUCAAGAGUUGUCAACACAAGAGCUCAAGAACAGCUCGUGCGCUCAAUAUCGUUCUCGCAUCCAGAGCAGAUUGAAAGCGACUUGGCCGACCAUUCACGGUCAAAUCAACGUGGGUCUUUCCACAGCGAGGCUGUACAACCCAGUACAGACGUCCCGCCUUGGGUCGCAGUAGCCUCAUCAAUACAUGGCGUGGGCUCUGAUCAUGGCUCUAUCAGAAACUUGAGGCGAUCAGCGUCCAAAAGAAGUUCCAGCAGUCAUGGAGCAGCAGGCACCGCAAACCUCGGUGCUCACUCCUCUCAACAGGAUCAACUUGGGCCACUUCACACCACAGGAAACUCGCGCUCGGGUUCUGGAUCGCAUCUAGGGAAAUCUACUCAAGAUGAAGAAUCAGUAUUUACUCCGGGUGGAUUUUCACAUCGUGGAUCGGACAAAAUGCGACUUGAGGGACGUUCGUUUAUGUUGUUUUCUCCAGAGAAUCCAGUGCGGCUGUGGCUGGCUUCGAUUCUUAUGUCAAAAUAUACAGAUCCGUUUAUUCUCGUAGUUAUCCUUGCUCAAUGGAUAUUUUUCGUGGUCACCCCAACAACAUUUGAAGCAAAGAACGUCUUUGGCACAUACUGGACCCAUUACGGACUACUGGCAGUGAAUAUCCUGUACACACUUGAGAUCAUGGCUAAAGCCAUUGUGUAUGGCUUUAUCUUUGACCGAAAUGGCUUUCAGUGGAAGCGCUGGGUACCCAAAAGGAUACAUCAUUUCUUCAUCUCGGAAAAGCGGGCGUCAAUGAAACCGAAGCCAGUAGUCCUUGAAAAGCAUGAGCAUGCACAUUCGCUGGCAAGAACUAACAGCGUCCUCUCUCAAGCCUCAACUCUUGAGAAAUCAAAAGCUCAAACUAAUCAGGCCACGGCAGCGCUAACCGCAGAGGAGAAAAUAGAAUCAUCUGGCUCUAACUUUGAAACUGAUGCCCAACCUGCCCAUGCACCCUUUUUUAGAUCAUAUUAUAAUCGCUUGGAUGGCGUAGUUGUAAUAAGCUACUGGAUAGACUUUGCUUUCAUGAUGACCGGCGUCCAGAAAGUAUAUAUUUUUAAGGCUAUCAGUGCUCUCCGGCCGCUUCGAUUGCUUUCACUUACAGAAGGAACAUCGACUAUCAUCGAUUCUCUCUCAAUGUCAGCUCCAUUGCUGCUUACGAUCUUAGGAUUCAUAUUCUUUUUCUUCUUGAUCUUGAGUCUCAUCGGUUUACUCGUGUUCCAAGGGGCUACAUCACGCCGUUGCGCUGUUCAAGAUGAGGACGAUCCUACCAGCUGGUCACCCGUAUUGCCAGAAGUAAUCUGUGGAGGCUAUUGGAGCAACGGGACUAUUUUAGGUAUUGUCAAUUACGUAGGUCAAGGUGAUGGUGAUGACUCCUCACCUCGAUCUUCGGGGAUGAUAUGUCCGGAAGGUCAAGUUUGUGUGCAAUUCGACAAUUACAAUCCAAGUCGAGGCCUUGUCUCCUUUGACAACUUCUUUUUUUCGCUCCUUACUGUAUUUACAAUCAGCUCUAUGGAAGGCUGGACAGACGUGCAAUACUGGGUGAUGGAUGGAGACUCGAGAUGGGCGGCCAUUUUUUUUUGCGCAGUAAUUUUCCUUAUGAGCUUUCUUCUAAUCCCACUGUUCAUUGCUGGUAUCACGUACUCGUUCGGAGCUGUCAGGGCAGAGAAGAGGCACUCGGCUUUCUCAAAUAAAAUUAGAAGCACACGCACUUUGCUUGACACGGAAGAAGGGUGGCAAUUCGAAGAUCAAAUCCAUGAAGUUCGGUCUCCAUUUCGGCAAUGGCUCAUCCGGGUAGUAAAUGACCCUUGGUUCCCGAUUGCAGGCACAGUAUUAGUUUUCUUCGAUCUAGUUGUUAUGUGCUUCCGGCGAUAUGAUAGCUCGCCCGCAGCAUUGGAUUGGAUUAAUAAUGCAGAGACUGCCUUCACAUUUCUCUUCUUGCUUGAGAUUUGUGUUCGGGUCGCAGGACAUAGCACAUGGCAUCAGUUUUGGAAGCGCAAAUCCAAUAAGUUUGAUUUAUUCUUGGCUAUCACAACGAUGAUCAUCCUCUUACCUUCGGUUCAAAAUUGGGAGUGGCACCGAUAUCUGACUGUUUUCCAAGUCCUGAGAGCGUAUCGUCUCAUCCCUGCUAUCCCAGGUGUCCGUGACUUGAUGAAUUCGGUCAUCGGAAGCGCAACAGGGAUGCUUAAUCUUCUACUGAUUACCUUCAUGUUUUUGCUGGUUUGCGCUCCCAUACCUAUGAUGCUCUUUGGAGGUGAAAUGGUUUCAGACGAGGAGCAGCCAGUAAAUUUUGAUGAUCUUGGCCAAAGCUUUAUAUCGCUGUUCAUUAUUUUGACAGGCGAGAACUGGGUCGAAAUCAUGUAUGAAGGAUUAGAUGCCCAUCAAGAAACUUACAAGCAGAUUUACGGCGUUAUCUUCUUCGUUGUGUAUUACUGCGCUUCGCACUAUGUCCUUUUGAACCUUUUCAUUGCUAUCGUGCUGGAGCACUUUGAUCUGGACGAAGAUGAAAAGUACAAGAAGCAACUAGAGAUAUAUUUUGAAACACAUCAAAAAGCAAAGAUAGAUCGCACGAGAAGCGUCUUCCAAUAUCUUAAUCCUUACGCGUACCUCCCUGCACGGCCACAAACACUCUCUGUUAAUGGCUUAUCAGUGGACCAAACCGUAUCAAUUCGGAAGAACGUGUUCCGACAGUUUCUUGAGGGCGAUACAGCGCCUGUCACUACUGAAAUCAUUGAAUCGAAGCCUAGGCUUAUUUUAUGGCUGGAGGGAAUACGCGACUAUUGGUUUCCUACUCAAGCUCAGCUUGAAGAGGUGAACGGUAGAAAAUUGUUGUCAAAGGGCCAGAAAGCACAGUUGAAUCAACUAAAUGGUGGUAUCUCUGGCUUUGGCAAGGUACAGGAUGAAAUCGACGCCAACUUGGAGCGCCUUGAUGCUGACCUCGAGAAAAUUACUUGGGACAGAGAUAGAUUUUUCGAAGAUCCUCAGGCUUUGGAGACACUCACGCCAGAGGGAUACCGUAAAGCUAAGGAUAGGGAGAAAGCUUAUGCAGAUGUCCACUACGCAGAACUACAAGAGUUCCUGGAGGCUCAUCCGUUGUAUGAUCGAUCGCUGUUUAUAUUCCCAAGCAAUAAUCGCUUCAGACAGUGGUGUCACCGUGUUGUUGGCCCGCGCUCUGAUCGAAAGUUAGCGAGAAUGAAUCGAUUCAAUUGGUUCAUUUUUAUUUGCAUUCUAUCGAGCAUCGCGAUCAUUAUUGCAGACGACCCUAUCGACAGGCUCCUAGCGAUGACAACGGGCGAUACGAAGAAACAAGACAUCCUUGGAGACAUUGAUUAUGUGAUCACUAUCAUAUUUGUAGUCGAGCAGUCCCUCAGGAUUCUCGCUGAUGGCUUUUUCUUCACACCAACAGCUUAUCUACGCGACCUUUGGAAUUGUACAGAUUUAUUUAUUGUUCUCAUGAGCUGUUUCAUGACUUUCACACAUAUCGAUCACUUGUACAAUGUCUCGCGUACUGUUCGAGCAGCCUCAUGUCUGCGUGUGCUGCGUAUUGUACGGUAUUUUGAAGGCGUCUCUGCAAUGUUUAAGGCCAUUGCCAAGGCAUUGCCGAAGAUGGUUGUCGCCCUACUCAUGACAGCACUGCUAUUUUGGCCGUUUGCGAUUUAUGGCGUCAAUAUUUACGCAGGAUACUUUUACUUGUGCAAUGAUCAUGGUGUGCUGACUAAGUCUGAAUGUGUUGGGGAAUUCAUGAGUGUGGUCAAUGAAGAUACCGACGACGAAAUCUUGCUUCCGCGCAUAUGGAGUAAUCCGUAUGACUAUAGUUUUGACUCGAUCCAGGCUGCCGUCUUAACGUUGUUUGAGAUGGCCUCACAAGAAGGGUGGGUCCAGGUCCUACAGUCCGGUCGUGCUGCCCCCAAUCGCAUAGGGCAGCAACCUUUCAUCCAACCGGAUGAACCCAACCGCUUCAACUCUUUUUACUUUUUGCUUUUCAUGUUAAUCGGCUCUAUUGUCUUUGUGCAGAUAUUUAUCGGUGUUAUAUUGGAAACAUUUAAGGCUUGGAAUGGUAUUUCACUAUUGACGGUAGAGCAACGUCGUUGGCUUGAUCUUCGAAGGCAGCUUCGAAUGAUCAGGCCCACCGCUACGCCUAUAAGGCCUCAAAACCCCAUUAGAGCAUUCUGCUAUGACUUGGUGAAUGAGAAAAAGGGUUUCCUUUGGAAAAUCAUGACGACAGUUCUUGCUCUUAACGUCUGCCUAAUUGCCUCGCAACACUACGCACAGCCUCAGACUUUGACAGACAUACAAGAUGUAUCGUAUUUCGCCUUCUUGGGUCUUUAUUCCGUCGAGAUCGUUAUCAAGUUACUUGGCUAUGGUUUUCACAAGUGGAGGCUCUCUCGCUGGAACCUUUAUGACCUUGCUAUUACAGCCUUGGCUCUGAUCACUCUGGCCCCAAGGUUUAUCGGACAUGAGCUAUGGACCUUGAGGCUAGAAAAUUUCCUUUUGAUUACCAUCUCCUUCCGUCUCGCUCAGAGAGUUGACUCUCUGCAAGUUCUCUUUCGAGCGCUAGUAAUCGCGCUGGGCUCAAUUCUCAAUAUCACUGCUGUAUUCAUGGUUGUCUUCACUGUCUAUGCGAUCAUGUUCCGAGAACUUUUUGGAAUGACACGUCUCGGUCCUUCAACAACAGGCAUUGCCAAUUUUGAUUCGUUUGGGAAUACAAUGCUGAUGUUAAUCCGUAUGACAACAGGGGAAAAUUGGGAUUUUGUCAUGCACGACAUGAUGGUCGAGCCGCCCUAUUGCACCCCGAUCCGGACGUCGUAUCUAGAUAGUGAUUGCGGCUCUCGGCCCUGGGCAUUCUUUAUGUUCCUUUCAUUUUACGUUGUCUGCACGUACAUCCUGCUCAACAUGUUUAUUGCCGUCAUUAUCAGCAAUUUCUCGUUCGCAUAUCAACAGGACUCAGUGACUACCUUGAUCACUCGCGAGGAUCUUAGAAACUUCAAGAUGACUUGGGCAAGAUUUGAUCCAAGAGGAACAGGAUAUAUUGACGUGAAUGAUCUAUCAAAGUUCCUACGGUCAUUAGAGGGCCGUUUCUGCACUAGAGUUUAUGCCAAGCCAGAGUACAGCAUCCCUAGUCUAGUCAAACUGUACGUGUCCAUCCCGACCGCCUCUGUACCGCGUCCCUCUACAACUAUAGAGGGUAAUGCAAACCCCAUUGUAUCUUCCUCUCCAUCUAUUAACAAUGGAUCUGCAUCACAUCGAUCGGUCAGAGGUCUUGGAGCCGUCCGUCGAAUGAGUCGAUUGUCCGUGAGUCCGAACAUGACUUCAAACAGCCCCGGUCAGCAAGCUGCUAGUCCUUUACCGAAAGCUGUCCCUAACACUACCACAGGUCCAGAAGAAAGCGAUGAGUUAGGCGUAAAGCCUACUAAAAUGGAUGCAAAAUUGGAUAUUUCAGGGUUGCAGCAGAUCCUCUCAAAGAUCGAUACUAUUGAUGUGUUCCGACGUCGAAAAAACUUUAACCUCAUUUACAAAGAGGCUUUAGCUACCUGCACGGAUCGAGGAAUAUCAUUUUACAGCAUUCUGGAUAUUCUGUCGUUCACACUUGUAGACACAGAACAUGCUCUUGGAAUGAAUGAGUUCUUGAAAAGAAAUGAGCGCGUCAAAGUAGUCAAGUCUGCAGUGGCUCGAGAGACAAUUCACAAUCUGUUAUUGACAAUUGUGGCGCGCCGAAGCUUUUUGAAGCAACGUCGGGCAAAACAAAAUGCAAGAUUGCGACCAGAAGUCCCACGGAUUGUGAUUGAUACUUCAAUUGGAAACGAACGUAGCUUCCGUCAGGAUCAAGGUCCAGACACGUCACCACUGUUGACAUCAACUUCGCCCAGCGGACGAUCUUCGUUCCUAUCCUCACCCGUGGUCGAUUUUUCAAAAGGUCACCAUCAUACCGAUGAUGAUGUCUCGCCUAUCAUGAUGAGUGGUUACUCUAUCAACACAAUGCUUUCUACCAACUCCAAUGAUUCAAACGGGUGGGACUUAUACGAGCGAGAUUCGUUCAGCCGCUUAUCAGGUCAAUCCGAUGGUUUCGAUUUCAUGGCAGAGCCGCGCGUGGGAUUGUCGUCAUCACCCUUUACAGUGGAUGGGUCGACUUGGUUUAACAUGUUACAGGAACAAAUACAAGAACAGGACGAAGCCCUUGCAAACAACAAUUUGAGUUCACCAUAAACUUUUUUUUAUUC